AGUCUUGUUCUACUGGUUACACAUAUGAGGUAUUACUGAGAAUUCGAUUGUGUUUGACGACGUCAUAGCAGAUGUAAAAAUAAUGCUAAUUUUACCAUGCUUCGGUGAGGGAAAUUAAUGAUGGGAUAAAUAUAGACACGAAAAGCUUGAAUAACUUAAAGCGAUGCCAGAAUACUCUGUAUAUUUUAAUGAGCAUGAACUAUAAGGUAAUGAAAUUUUUAUGAUAAGGGUAUAAAGUACCUAUACGAUAUUAAGCUGGAUUUGCACUUAAGCAAGAGGAUAAAAAUUAAAAUUAAUGGAGAGUUCUCUGUGACUAUUUCUGCAGAUCGGAUUGACCUUAAUUUUGCAGCUUCUUCAUGGCUCGUGUUAUAUUUAUACAUUUGUGAAUCCCCUAAACAGAAUAAGCACCUCCCAGUCAAAAAACUAUGAUAAAUGCUAAGGAACUGGUUUCCCUCCGUAUUUUUCGAAUUAAUUAACAAAGAAAUCGUCACCAAAUUUGUUGACUUACAGUUUAACCUCUGUAAGUGUACAAUGUAAAUAGUUUAAAUUUUCCCAUUUCAGGUCUUUCAGUUGUCGCAUUUGAGUUGAUAAUAGUAAUUUAAUUUCAGAAGCCAACCAAUUAAGUUGGCGAAAUGAAUUGAACUCUUAACAAAUUCAAAUAUUUUUGGAGCUGAGGUAUAGGGAAAUCUGGAGUUCGAAGUAGCGAAGUUUACCUGUAGUGGCUUUGACGUCAUAACUGCUAGGCGCAUUUUCGGUUCUAUAAAAGCUAGCCGUUUUCUCGGAAAGCAGUUAGUAAAAUUGAGACAAUGAUUCCCGCGGGAUUGUAUUUAACUCUGUCUGUCUGCUGCGUGUCCUUGGCAUCCGCCGGAUUCGGAUUGGGCUUAGGUGGUGGCAGCCUUGGACUUGGAGCUGGAAACGGUGGUGGUUCUGCUCAAGCGAGCCUACCUGGAUUGAGUCUGGGUGGCGAAUACAACCGAGGAUCUUCUGGAUCGGUUCUGAAUCAGGCUGCCCACGGCAUUCUGGGCGCUGCUUCGACUGGAGCCAAUGUGAUCCACUCCGCCGGAUCUGCAGCUGCCAAUGGAGUGCUAGGAGCAACUGCAUCCGGAGUAGAUGCUGUUCACUCUGCCGGUUCUACAGCUGCUUCUCACGGAGCUCAGGCAAUAAACGGAAUACUGGGAGUGGCAGGAGCUGGAGCCAAUGCAAUCCACUCCGCCGGAUCGGCAGCUGCCAGUCACGGAGCGCAGGCUGCCAAUGGAGUGCUAGGAGCAGCUGGAUCUGGAGUGGAUGCCGCCCACUCUGCCGGAUCCACAGCUGCUGCCCACGGAGCUCAAGCAGUAAACGGAAUACUGGGAGUGGCAGGAGCUGGAGCUAGUGUUGCGCACUCGGCCGGAUCGAUAGCCGCUUCUCACGGAGCCCACGAUGUCCACGGAGUGUUGGGAGCUGCUGCGACUGGUGUCAAUGCUGUACACUCUGCAGGGUCCACUGAACACAGUGCAUCCGGCUCUGCUUCCCUUGGAGCUGGACACUUGAAUAUUCAGUCCUCUGGCAACAGUGGUGCCAAGACGAAUGCUGCACACUUGACCAUUGGUGCUUCCGGCGCCACGGGUUCCAGUGGCCUCCAUCACAGCACCGGUUCAGCUACUGUUGAUGCAGCGCAUGCAGUGCUGAAUGCAGCGGGAGCUGGAGCUGCUGGAUCUUCUGGUGCCGCUCAUGGAGCCCAAGUCGUCAAUGGCGUUUUGGGAGUUGCAGGAGCCGGAGCCAAUGCUGUCCAUUCCGCCGGAUCAAUUGCUGCCGCUCAUGGAGUUCAGGCUGCAAACACAGUUGCCAGCGGCGCUGUCAACGGUGCAUCCUCCGGCUCCGGAGCCAGUUCUGGUCACUUGAGCAUUGGGGCAUCCGGAAUUUCCGGUUCCAGCUCUGGCUCACAUGGCAGUGGUCACUUGAGCGUAGGUACUUCCGGCGCCAGUACUGCUAAAAUCACUGGAUCUUCGUCAGCUGGUGUCCACCAUAGUGGAUCAGUACAGGCUGGUUCUGCCAAGAUCACAGCUGGACAUGGACAAAGUGAAGCGUCUGGCUCAAAAUCCGGCACUGCUGCUACAGGUCACCUCAAUGUGGGAGCCACUGGAGCCAGUGCAAUGAAAACUUCCUCCACAUAUCAUAAAGCCGAGUCCUCGAAGGUGUCUGCUGGACAUGUAUCCACGGGAGGCGCUGCAUCUGGCACAACUACCGGUCAGCUGAGCAUUGGAGCAUCAGGAUCCACAGGAUCUGGCGCUGUUGGCUCCCUUGGAGUAGGAAAUUUGAACAUUAAAUCAUCUGAAACAUCUUAUUCGUCAAAAACCGAGGAAUCCAAGUUUAGUGCUGGUCAUGCCCACAUCAGUUCUGGAUCCGCAACCAUUGGAGCCUCUGGAACACAUGCUGGAUCUGCCCACAUCAAGACCGAGCGCAAGAAAGUGGAAUCAUCAGUAUCAAGCUCCUCGCACACCGGAUCAGGUUCUGCUUCCAUCGGUGCUGGUCAUCUGAAUAUCCAAUCUGCUGGCACUACCGGAUCAUCCCAAACUGCUUCGAACACCGCAUCUAUUGGUGUUGGACAUCUGGGCAUUGGAGCAACUGAUUCCACUUCUAAGGGAACCUUUGCCCAUGGUGCAUCUGGUCACUUGAGCAUCGGAUCAGCCGGAAUCUCUGGAUCUGCUGGUUCUGCAGCUGGAGCUGGAGCAUCCAAGAUCAACGCCGGCCAUUUGAGUAUCGGAUCCUCUGGAAUCUCUGGAUCUGCUGGUUCUGGAUCUGGAGCAUCCAAGAUCAAUGCCGGACAUUUGAGUAUCGGAUCCUCUGGAAAUGCCGGAUCAGCCUCACUUGGGUCGAAUGGCCUGUCAGUUGGAGCAAACGGACACAAAUCGAACACAGCAGGAUCCAUUGGACUAGCCGGUGCCCACCAGGCUGCGUCUCUGGCCCAUGGAGUCGCCAGUGGUAUACUGACACCAGCUGUGGGCUCGGGAAGUCUCUCUCUCGGAGGUAACACUGGAUCUGCGGGAUCGAGCGGAGCUUCCAGCCAGGGAGGAUAUCACAAGGGAAGUGUCAGCUUGGGAGGAAACGGUCUAAGCCUUGGAGGCAAUCUCGGUGGAAGUUCCGGAAGCGCUGGAUUUGGAUUGGGUGGCGCUCACCUGGGAGGAUCCAUUAACCGAGGUGGUGGUCUGUUCCUUGGCUAAUUUUAAGUUACCUGUAAUAUUUCGAAGUAUUCUAUAGUUAAAAUGUAUAUUUAAAAUAUCAACCCGACCUUUAAAGUCAAUGUUUACAUUGUAUUACUAUUACAACUAUUAAUCUCUACUAUUAAAACUAUUAAUGUUUACAAUUAAAACUUUUGCAAAUGCAAAUUGAGAAUGAAUUUAUUUGGCCACAUUAGAAUAUAAUAACACCAUAAAGUACUGCUGCUAUAAAUUGCGAUUAGUAAGUGUGGGCUUCAAGAUCGUGUACCAAUUAAAGUGUUUGCAAAAUAAAC